AAUUUGGUCACCCGUCUGUCCUUCCUUCCUCUCUCCCUCUUUUCCUUCUUUCCUGCUUUUCCCUGCUCCCAGGCGGUCCGCCAGAGGCAACUGCGCUGCCCCGACGGAGCGCACUGGGAUCCGCACCGGGACCUGCACCGGGACCCGCACCGCGAUCCGCACAGGGCCGGCCCCCGCGGCCCCGCCGGCGCUGCCCGCCCCUUUCCCUGCUCUCCCUGCUCUGCUCAGUCCCGGUUUUCCUGCCGGGAAGAGCCGCGUCCCGACCUGCCGGGGAGGCAGAGCCCCGGGGCCCUUUCGCCGUGGGAAGCAAAGUAUGCUGGGAGCCGUGAAAAUGGAAGGCCAUGAGCACACGGACUGGAGCAACUACUACGGGGAGCCCGAGGGCUACUCCUCGGUGACCAACAUGAACGCGGGGCUGGGCAUGAACAGCAUGAACACCUACAUGACCAUGUCGGCCAUGAGCAGCACGGCCAACAUGACGGCGGCAGCCACCUCCAUGAACAUGUCCUAUGCUAACACGGGCAUGAGCCCCUCGCUGACGGGCAUGUCCCCAGGAGCUGGGACCAUGUCGGCCAUGGGCUCAGCUGGUGUGCCGGGCAUGGGCGCUCACCUGAGCCCCAGCAUGAGCCCCAUGGGCGGCCAGGCAGGCUCCAUGAACGCCCUGGCGCCCUACUCCAACAUGAACUCCAUGAGCCCCAUCUACGGCCAGUCCAACCUGAACCGCUCACGCGACCCCAAGACGUAUCGGCGCAGCUAUACGCACGCCAAGCCGCCCUACUCCUACAUCUCCCUCAUCACCAUGGCCAUCCAGCAGUCCCCCAACAAGAUGCUGACCCUCAGCGAGAUCUACCAGUGGAUCAUGGACCUGUUCCCCUUCUACCGCCAGAACCAGCAGCGCUGGCAGAACAGCAUCCGCCACUCGCUCUCCUUCAACGACUGCUUCCUCAAGGUGCCGCGCUCACCGGACAAGCCGGGAAAGGGCUCCUUCUGGACGCUGCACCCGGACUCGGGGAACAUGUUCGAGAACGGCUGCUACCUGCGCCGCCAGAAGCGCUUCAAGUGUGAGAAGCAGCUGGCGGCCAAGGAUGGUGCCAGCACCGGUGGCAGUGGUGGCAGCAAGAAAGGCCCAGGCCAAGCUCCCAACCAACCCCUGGGCGAGGGCAGCUCCUCGGGGGGCUCUGAUGGCUCCGCCGGUGCCGAGUCCCCAGCCAGCUCCUCGCCAUGCCAGGACCACAAGCGCGCCCUGGCCGACCUCAAAGGGCUGAGCCCUGGUGAGCCUUCGGCCUCACCAGGCCAGCACCUGCUGGCCCCGCCACACGCCGGGCUGGCCCACGAGGGCCACCUCAAGCCCGAGCAUCACUAUGCCUUCAACCACCCAUUCUCCAUCAACAACCUGAUGUCCUCCUCGGAGCAGCAGCACCACCACCCACACCACCAGCACCACCAUCCGCACAAAAUGGACCUGAAGGCCUACGAGCAGGUGAUGCACUACUCGGGCUAUGCCUCCCCCGUGCCCGCAGGCCUGGCCAUGGCACCCGUUACGAACAAAAGCGCCCUGGAGGCCUCACCUUUGGCCGGAGAGACUUCCUACUACCAAGGUGUGUAUUCCCGGCCCAUCAUGAACUCCUCCUAAGAGGGACAACGCUCCUGGAAAAAGGGGGAAACCCUUCCCCACCCCCCCAUACCCCUCGCAGUGGACUCUGAGCACGGUACAUAUCCAUAUAUAUAUCUAUCUAUAUCUAUAUCUAUUUUUUUUCUGUUGGCUCCAGAUGCUCACAUCCAUUAGGGAAUCUGCAGCCGUGUGGCCCCCUCACAAAUCCACCGGGGGGGUGCUCUGUGUGGAGUGGUUUGGUUUGGCAGGGUGGGCAUGGGGGGGUUCUCUGGGGCUUGUUUUGAUUUUUUCGUUGUCGUCGUCACCACGAGGUCUAAAUAUAUCUAUUUUUUUGUGUGCGAGUGAGGGGGACAAAACAUAAACCCCACCCGAGGCAGAACCAACCCCUCUUUCCUUGUGAAUAUUCCUAGUUUGGAAACUGAGGACCAAAAGACUUGUAACGUUGUAAAAAAUAAAAAAAAAAAAAAAAAAAGGGGGGGGUGGUGAAGAAAACGGGGGGAAAGAAAAAAAAAAAAGAAAAAUACGAAAAAAAAAUUUAAAAAAAGGCAGGAUAGAUCGUUGUAAUUGAAGCAAACGCUUGAUGUUCCCGGGAGAGUAAACUACUUGGACCUGAUUAA